GCGGUGCCCGCGGGACUUCACACUGUCCGCGGCUCCGCGCACCCUGCGCGUUCCAGCCAGAAUACCAGGAUCUUCAAUGGCAGGAGACAGAGUGAUCAGAAGACCGAGAUGAAUUUUAACACUAUUCUAGAAGAGAUUCUUAUUAAAAGGUCACAGCAGAAAAAGAAGACAUCACCGUUAAACUACAAAGAGAGACUUUUUGUGCUAACAAAGUCCGUGUUAACCUACUAUGAGGGUCGAGCAGAGAAAAAAUACAGAAAGGGAUUUAUUGAUGUUUCAAAAAUCAAGUGUGUGGAAAUAGUGAAGAAUGAUGAGGGUGUUAUUCCCUGCCAAAAUAAAUACCCAUUUCAGGUUGUUCAUGAUGCUAACACACUUUACAUUUUUGCACCUAGUGCACAAAGCAGGGACCGGUGGGUGAAGAAGUUAAAAGAAGAAAUAAAGAACAACAACAAUAUUAUGAUUAAAUAUCAUCCUAAAUUUUGGGCAGACGGAAGUUAUCAGUGUUGCAGACAAACUGAAAAAUUAGCACCUGGAUGUGAAAAAUAUAACCUUUUUGAAAGUAGUAUAAAAAAAGCAUUACCUCCAGCACCAGAAAAAAAGAAGCGAAGGCCUCCCCCACCAAUUCCACCUGAAGAAGACAACAGUGAAGAAAUCGUUGUAGCCAUGUAUGAUUUCCAAGCAACAGAAGCGCAUGAUCUCAGAUUAGAGAGAGGCCAAGAGUAUAUUAUAUUAGAAAAGAAUGAUGUUCAUUGGUGGAGAGCAAGAGAUAAAUACGGGAGUGAAGGUUAUAUCCCAAGUAAUUAUGUAACAGGAAAGAAAUCAAACAACUUAGACCAAUAUGAGUGGUAUUGCAGAAAUACAAAUAGAAGCAAAGCAGAGCAGCUCCUCAGAAGUGAAGAUAAAGAAGGUGGUUUCAUGGUAAGGGAUUCCAGUCAACCAGGCAUGUACACAGUCUCCCUUUAUACAAAGUUUGGAGGUGAGGGCUUGUCAGGUUUCAGGCAUUAUCAUAUAAAGGAAACAACAACAUCCCCAAAGAAGUACUAUCUGGCAGAAAAACAUGCAUUUGGUUCAAUUCCUGAGAUUAUUGAAUAUCAUAAGCACAACGCAGCAGGACUUGUCACAAGACUGCGGUACCCAGUUAGUACGAAGGAGAAGAAUGCACCAACCACUGCAGGAUUCAGCUAUGAAAAAUGGGAGAUCAAUCCUUCAGAGCUGACCUUUAUGAGGGAACUGGGCAGCGGACUGUUCGGAGUGGUGAGGCUAGGCAAGUGGAGAGCUCAGUACAAAGUGGCAAUCAAAGCUAUUAGGGAAGGUGCCAUGUGUGAGGAGGACUUUAUAGAAGAAGCUAAAGUGAUGAUGAAGCUGACACACCCGAAGCUAGUGCAGCUUUAUGGUGUAUGCACCCAGCAGAAGCCGAUUUACAUUGUUACCGAGUUCAUGGAAAGGGGCUGUCUUCUGAAUUUCCUCCGACAGAGACAAGGUCAUUUUAGUAGAGAUGUGCUGCUGAGCAUGUGUCAAGAUGUGUGUGAAGGGAUGGAGUACCUGGAAAGAAACAGCUUCAUCCACAGAGAUCUGGCUGCCAGAAAUUGUCUAGUAAAUGAAGCGGGAGUUGUGAAAGUAUCAGAUUUUGGAAUGGCCAGGUAUGUUCUGGAUGAUCAAUACACAAGUUCUUCUGGUGCAAAAUUUCCAGUGAAGUGGUGCCCUCCCGAGGUGUUUAAUUACAGCCGCUUUAGUAGCAAAUCAGAUGUCUGGUCAUUUGGUGUUUUAAUGUGGGAAGUAUUCACUGAAGGCAAAAUGCCCUUUGAGAAAAACACCAACUAUGAAGUGGUAACCAUGGUUACCCGGGGCCACCGACUCUGCCGGCCAAAGUUGGCGUCCAAAUAUGUAUAUGAGGUGAUGCUGAGAUGUUGGCAGGAGAAACCAGAGGGAAGGCCUUCCUUUGAAGAUUUGCUGCGCACAAUAGAUGAACUAGUUGAGUGUGAAGAAACUUCUGGAAGAUAAGUGGUGGUGUGAUCCGUGGAGUCCAGAUUCCAAAGCAUGAGGAAGAAAUGGCACUUUGUGGCUAACUUUUAAUUUAUUUAGCACUUGGACAUGUAGACUGUUUUACUUAUAAAGUGGAAAAACCUAAAGCAUUUGCUUCUAGAGCAGUCCUAGCUCUGGGACUGGAUUUUUCAAGUUAUGGAAAUGCUGCCUGAGAGAUGGUGAUUAAAAACACUCACUUUUAUCCAUCCCACAAGUACUUGAGCACCCACCAUGUAUGAUGCCCAGACCCCAAGGUUUUCCCAUUUUAGGGGUGUAGGUGGGGCUGUGUUGGCUGGUGUCAGUGGAAGGUCAGGAUAUUUGGGAAAGGAAAGGGAUUUAGAGCCUUGUUCCAGCAACCUUUCUCUUUCCUUUGACUUCUAUGGAAAUCUGGGCCUGAGGCAUUGUCUAAAAUGUGGGUUCUGGAUGAAUCAGGAACCCAUCUUGGAUAAGUACCCCUCUUUUGUUUUGAAAACAUCCAUUUUCAAGACUGCCAUUAUUUGUAUGCUGUAUAUAUUGUAAAUAUAUAUAAUAUAUAA